AUGACUUCUGAAGUAUUUAUUGAAAAUGAUUGUUUACCAAGAGAAACACAUACCGGUAAGGAUUGUGAUGGCACUUCUGAAUGGCAGCUACAGGAUAAUAUCACAAACAAACCAGAUGGAAUAUAUGGAGAUGUCUGGUUGUCAAGGGACGGAAGAAGUGUGAAGUGGUGUAUUGAAGACCAGUGCUUGCGUCAGUUCAGUUAUAAUCAAAAAAUUAUCAAAGCUGGCUACAUUGAUUUUGAGAAGACACCAGAUUGCUUUGUAGUAGUACUUUCUGAUAUUGCACAUGUAUAUCUCCUGACAAGAGGCGAUUCUACGACGGUAUGUUUCCCAUUCCAGAUAGGUAAUGCGUUCUGGUAUGCGAAUGGUGUGAUUUUGGAGAGGGACACUUCUGUGUUCUUCAUGGAUAGUGGUUACGAUUCAAAGCCCAUUGAAGUCGAUUUAAAGCAUAAGUACAUCACUAUGACGGAUCCGAUGACACCGUUUGGCUUGAUUUCGAUCACAAAUACCUUUAAGGGUGGAAUAAACAGUGCUUCAGGUAACAAAAGCGAUAGCUUACAAGACCUUCAGCUUGUGUUAUUCCCCAGUAAUAGGGAAAAGUACAUAGCGGUUUUCCUAGAUCAGAAUUCCAAGGUGCUACGAUUUUAUUACAGUAGAAUUUUGUCAUCAGAUCAGUCACGGAAGGGAGAGUUAACGAUUUCCUCGACGAAGAAAACAGGCUUGGAAACGGCUGGCAAUAGCCAAAAGACUGGUGGAAUUACGAAAGAUUUGCGUAAGUUCUCACUUUUGACACGUAGGUCAACUUCUAAUUCUCACGAUUUCAAUACUUCCGAAAGAAUCAUUAGCGGCAGUGUGGGUAACGCUCCAGUAAGAACAGAUAUUUUUGCUCUACCUUCUACUUGUUCAAGAAGAAGCCUAUCAGCAACCCUAGAUAGAAUGGGGAACACCAUUGGUCUGAAUAAUAGAGCCACACCUUCUUCCUUUUUCGAAACCUCUGCAAAUACUUCGGCUCAUUCUAAUGUAGCCCCCGUAUCACAGCCAAUGCAGCAGCAGCAGCAGGAAUAUUUAAACCAAACCGCAACUUCCUCGAAGGAUAUUGUUUUGACAGAAGUAUCGUCUUUGAAACUGCCAGAUGAUAUCACUUUCACUUCACGACGUCUGAGCUCUAUACUAAACACUAUAAAGUUUUUGUCAUUAAAAUUCGAACGCCAGGAGGCACUUUUAAUAUUUCAUGAGCCUACGCAUUUUUGCAAAAUCUGGUUAAUUGAUCUUUUACCAGAUGUCAUUGAUUCUAUUCCAUUCAAGGUAUAUGGGAACUCACCGCAAAACAUGAUUAGACUAGAGAAUUUAAAGCUUAAAGACCCAUCAAGGAUACAAGCUAUACAUAUACAUGCCCAUCUUGAUGGAUGUCUGAUUUUGAUUUCAAAGGAACAGAAUGGAAAACAAUUUGAAUCUCUCCUAUACAACCCCUUUGUUAGAAUAUUAUCGCCUUCUAAAAAUGUUUCGCGGGAGCUCACUAAACAAAACAAUUUCCCCUCUCUACAAAAAAUGUUCCCCUAUCCUGAAACUAGCUUCACUAAGCUCUGUUUCGAAGCCCUCAAGUAUAUUACUUCUCCAACAUUUAACAUCUCAAUUAUAUUUCUAUGGCAAUAUGCAUAUUCAAUACUUCUUGCAAGGACCAGUCAUGUACUUACACGCUUUAGAAUUGAGUAUGACGCGUUUUCAUUGGUUCUUUCACUUUUGAUUUUGCCGAUUCCUAGUUCCUCCAGUCAAGAGUUUAAAGAAAAUAAAGAAAUAUAUCAGCAUGAACUAUUUCAGCAGUUGAAGCAGAAUCCAGAAAUAACAAGCUCUGUUCUGCCGAAGAUUGUUAUUGCAUUGCAUCUGAUACGGGAGGAAUACUCCUUGAAUGUCUUGUGUCGCAAUGAACACGCAUUGUUGGGACAGUUUCUCGGGUUCGCUACUGCCGCCAUGGGCUGGCCAGACUUAUGGCAAUCAUACUAUGUGCCUCAAGCUGAUUUAGAAUCAAAACCAUUGUUAUCCCCUGGGGAACAAAACUCCACUUUCUUUCAUCCAUUAGACGAACCGCCAUCAAUCAUCAAAUCGUUAUAUAGUAUAACUGAAAACAGUUCAAUAUCAUUAUGUCCGUUUAUUAGUUUCUCAAGACUUGCCGCAACAGAUACAGAGGUUGAAUUGCGCAUUACUCCGAGAAGUUUUAAAAUCUUGGGUUUGUAUGAACUGGUGCACUCUGCGAAUUUUCUACCAGAUUAUAUUUUGGGUAUUCUCUCUAGCUUGAAAAUAGAUAAAAACGAGCUGCAAACAUAUCCUUUAGGUAUUUUAGUCCCUUUGAGAAAUGUCCUGAAAAUUCUGGAGGAUAAAUUAUCUGAAGUACGAGAAAACCUGGAGUUGUUAAAUAGGGCUGAUUUACAAAGGUGCAGUGCAAUUAUCAACAGUAUAAGGAAUGAUACCAAGGAUAUCGUUGGAAGAGAUCAAAAGGAUAGUUCUGUUUUAUACAAGGUACCGGUGACCAAGAAUAUAGGCUCUUCAAGUAGGACGCCAAAUAAUAUAUAUUCAAUACUAUCCGAGAUUGUGAAAAGUGCAAGUCAAGUUCCACUGGAUGGAUCUGCUAUGAGGAUGUCGAACAUCGAGGACGAUGAAGAUAUUGAUGAGGGUCGAUCCCUCAAAUUAAACGCAGGACUGAUAUUUUCAGAGGAUAAGAGGUUUACUCAUGUUGUAUCAUUAUUGGCUUAUUAUAAGUCGACACAAGCCCAAUUUUUCACUACUAAAACUGAAUAUGCCCAGAUACUAGCUCAAAAAAAAUACUUUGCUAAUGUUAUGGCCCUGAGAACGUGUACUAAUGGUAUUGGUUGGGGCGCAGUGGCAUAUGCAACAGAAAAACCAAUAUCCACUCAAAAAUGGAUCGUUCAACCUCUCAAUUUGAUUUCUAUGUUUCCAGAUGACACAAAGAUAGCUGUGAAAGUUCCAGAAGAUGUAGGACAUGAUGUUGUCAAGUGGGGACAAUUUCAUGCCGGUGUUAGUUCUGGUCUUCGUAUUUCAAAGAAGGCAACGGGGAUUACAGGUAGUUGGAUUGCGUUUAAUAAACCAAAAGAAUUGGAUGCUUAUCACGGUGGCUUUCUCCUCGGACUUGGACUUAGUGGGCAUCUAAAAAAUCUAGAGGAAUGGCACAUAUACAAUUACCUAAGCCCCAGAAAUACACAUAUAAGUAUUGGAUUACUUUUAGGGAUGAGUUCAAGUAUGAAGGGUAGUAUGGACUCAAAACUGAUUAAAGUUAUUAGUGUACAUCUAGUAGCAUUUCUCCCAAGCGGAUCUAGCGAUUUGAAUAUAGAUCUAAAACUACAAACCGCUGGUAUUAUAGGGAUGGGUAUGUUAUACCUUAACUCAAGGCAUAAGAGGAUGAGCGAUUCAAUUUUUGCGCAGCUGGUAUCAUUACUCAAUGUUAAUGAUGAAAUGGUUGCUGAUGAAGAAUAUCGAUUAGCAGCCGGUAUAUCGUUAGGUCUGAUCAAUUUGGGGGCAGGUCAAACUACAUUCAAGAAGUGGGACUCAUCUUUAUUAAGGUUAGGGGACUACUUUCCUGAAGAUGUUUAUGAUUCUAGUGAUGUUGAACAAAACAUAAUGUAUGAAGAGCUAACUACGAAACUUUUGGAGAUUAUCACCAGUACCUACGAUAUAGAAAACGAUUGGAUACCUGAAAAUUCACAGAUUGGUGCAGUGAUUGCAAUUAUGUUCCUAUUUUUGAAGUCGAAUAACUAUGAAAUUUCCAAUGCCCUUAAAGUUGAUCUGAAGGAAAUUUUAAAAUCAAAUAUAAAUACUCGCCCUGAAUUGUUAAUGUACCUGGAAUGGGCAUCCAAUAUGAUUUUAUGGGACUGUAUAGGUGAUGACUUGUCGUUUGUCAUGAAAGAUGUCGAAUUAGAAAAAAACAUUAGUGAACUUAAUACAGAUUUACUUCCCAUAUAUUAUACUAUGGCGGGAAGAAUUUUAGCCAUGGGUAUCAGGUUUGCUUCUAGUGGUAACUUGAAAAUUCGCAAUGUCCUUCUUUCUCUUGUUGAUAAGUUUUUGCCUUUUUAUCAAUACCCUGGAAAGCGGAAUCUUGACUUUAGGUUGACAAUCUCUGUUAUUAAUGUUUUAGUCAAUGUCAUCAUUGUGGCUUUGAGUAUGGUUAUGUGUGCUAGUGGUGAUUUGGAAGUUUUAAGGAGGGUGAAAUAUCUACACGAAGUUGUCUCUGGACCUUAUUCAGACUUAUUUCAAGUAAUACCUACUUCUAAAAAUAAUGACGCAAGUGUGUCACAGGAAAACUCAAGUACAAACAGAUCUGGAGAUAAUGACCAUGAUGAGAGAACUGACGAUACAACAACUUCCCUCGAUAAUGAUAGGUCCAUAAAUGGUAGUGAAAUUAGCGAUCCAACAGCAUUUUUAGAAGACAAAAAGGAUAUGGAUGACCACUACGGUAAGUUCAUUUCCACGAAUCUCGCGCUAGGUUUUCUAUUCCUUGGAUCUGGGCAAUACGCUCUUAAUACUUCAACUUUAGAAUCUAUUGCCUUCCUAAGCAUGUCUGCUUUACCCACGUACGCAACUCCGCAUCCUUUACAAGAGUUGAAACAUUUCUGGAGCAUGGCUGUAGAACCCCGUUGUCUUGUUAUAAAAGAUAUUUCUACUGGCGAUCCCGUUAACAACGUCCCUAUUAAGUUGGUAGUUGAGAAAGACAUUGAAAAUGAGGAAGUAGUAAGGGAAAUGUCCACUCCGUGUUUACUGCCUGACUUCUCUAAGAUCAGAUCCAUUAGGGUGGAAAUGCAUAGUUACUUCCCCUUAGAAAUUAACUUCACUAAAGACUAUUCAGCUUCUGAUUUUUUUAGUGGCGGUACGAUCAUUUAUAUACAAAGGAAAUCCCAAAGCAUUUUCGAGCACAAAGCUUCUUUCAGGAACACAGAAGAUAUACACUUGGCGCUUAAGAAAAAAUCAAUAGAAUCCAAAGAUUUUUCGAAGUUGAACCCGAAAACUAAACAAGGGAACAUUACUUCCUCGCAACUUGUUGAAAGUUUAGGUAUUCAAGAUUUGACAAUGGUAGAACUUGAUACAAUCUUAAAUGCUGAAAAUGACACAUCGUUAACAGAUUCAGAAUCCUAUAACUUAGGUUUGCUCUGCUCGGAUAAAAACAGUGGAGAUGUAUUGGAUUGUCAACUUGAACUUUGGUACAAAAGCUUUGGACCACACGUUGAACAAUGUAAGCAUUAA